AUGAAUGUCAUAAGCCGACCCAAAAUCGUCUUGGAUCAGCUGGGAGAGGGAUUGGCUGUACUUGGCUUUCGUGCCAAGAUGAGAGAGUACCCUGAGAUGUUUGAGGAGCUUUUUGUGCCAAGCAAUAAGAGUAGGUUAACUUCAACUCAGCUGGUUGAUAUGCUAGAGUUUCCAGCUGAGAUAUGUGAAAAUGACAGAAUUGUAGCGAAUUACCUUAAACAGUUCCUGCAUAAUGCAGAAGUUGAAAUGAUGGAAAAUUUUGUCUUUUUUGCCACUGGGUCCACUUCUCUGCCCACCUUUGGGCUUGCUAAAAUCAAGAUUAAAUUUGACAACACUCCUUCCAUUUUUGCUUCCACGUGUUUGCUUUCAUUAACUCUUCCAAAUCACUUUGAAAGCGAAGAAGCUUUCAGUUCAUCGCUGAAAGCAGUCAUUGCUAGUUCUGCAAGGAAAUCGUUUAACUGUGUGUGA